ACGUGUGGUACUGUAAGUCCCUUCUGAGGUUAACCCAAGUUAUCCUUCAGUAUUGUGAUGGCUCAGAGGAGGUCUGUACAAGUGGCCAACCUUAAUAUCACCAACUUCAGUGAAGAGUGCUACCUUCAGGCAGACUUUCAAUAUGGAUUUUUCACUGUGAUAUACAGUCUGGUGUUUAUACUGGGAUUACCAGGGAAUGCUUUGGCCCUGUACUACUUGAGUCAACGUAAACAGCGGGCCAGGAGCUCAAACGUCUAUUUCAUGAAUAUGUCCGUAGUGGAUACUGUUUUCAUAUGCCUCCUGCCUUUGCGCAUUUAUUACCAUAACACUGGAAAUAACUGGGUGUUCGGAGACGUGGCGUGUCGCAUCACAGGUACCCUUUUCUAUGCCAACAUCUACUUAAGUAUUGGCUUCUUCACCUGUGUAAGUUUGGACAGAUAUAUUGCUGUUGUUCACCCAUUGAAGUACCUACGAGUCAAGUCUACACAUUACCCAUUGAUUUUGACCAUUGCCAUAUGGAUGAUUUGCAGUGCCAUUAUACUGCCUUUAAUCCUAGGGGGUCCACUAGACAAAGCGCCAGAAAACAGCACGCAGACUUCCUGCUUUGAAAACUUCUCUCCUAUGAUUUGGCAUAAUCGACUUCUACCCUAUAAUAUUUGUGCCUUGAUUUUUGGUUUUCUGGUACCUUUCAUGGUUGUGGGUGUGCUGUUCCCAGUAAUGGCACGGAGAGUGUGUAGGAUCAAAACAAGCAUCCAUCGUAAAGUGGCCUUGAGAAUCAUUGGAUUUAUUCUUGUUGUGUCUCUAAUUUGCUUUUUGCCCUAUAACGUCACGCACCUGCUACAUUUCAUUAUGAGACUGGGUUACAUCCAGCAGUGUGCAGCUGCCAGACACAUCUACAAGCUUCGCCGAAUCACUUUGGCCUUAGUAAGCCUCAACAGUUGCCUGAACCCCAUACUGUACUUCAUCCCAUACUUAAGCCGUGAAAUCCGUGCUCCCAUUGUAUCCCAUACUAAGCAGAAAUAUGUUAUCCGUGAUAAGACACAGAAGGACAAAGCCUUUUGUACAACUACACAAAACCAUGUGGAAUCUGGUGUUACCAUUCUGGGGGCAAAGGUUGAGUGGUCAGUUCUAUAAUUAUGACCGGAGAGAGUUUGUGAACAGGGACGGUCUAUUUAUUAUGCAAUGAAGAGCUGUGGUGAAUCUUCCAGACAGUAAGCUCUCACCAUACUGCAAACUUAGUAUUAUACUUCAGU